AUGUGGAGAGCAGCACGGAGAUUCGCAAGCCAAGCAGCUAGAGAAAGAAUUGAGUGCGAUGCUGUAAUCAUAGGUGCAGGUCCUGCAGGGCUAAGUGCAGCUAUUAAAUUGAAGCAGUUAAAUCCAAGCUAUGAGGUCUGUGUUGUAGAAAAAGCAUCAGAAGUAGGAGCUCAUAUUGUUUCUGGAAAUUGUUUUGAAACAAAAGCAAUGGAUGAAUUGAUUCCGAACUGGUGAGAAAAAUAAAUUGGUGAUGCUAACGGAAAUUGGACUCCGAGGCGCAUCCUUAUAGGGUAUUUCAUACGAAAGAUUCUGUUUCUGCUUAGGUUAGUCAGGUUUUUCCUACGUACAGCCUUUCCUUAUUGGCACAUUCUAGGGGAGCUAAUUCUUGUGACAGGCAAUCCUAGUUAUAAAUCUAAUGCUAGCCUCCCAUUGCACCCUGAGGUUAUUGUAGCUCUGCUUUUUUGAAGCCAAGACAAGGAGACGGCAAGUGGCUCUGUGGCUUAUGUCAAUACUUAGUCUUAGCUGGCGAGAAUUAGACACCCCAAUCAAAACUCCAAUCACCACUGACAAGUUUUGUGUGCUGACAGAAAAAUAUUCGAUUGAUGUUCCUCAUGCAUUUGUACCCAAAUUUUUGGAUAAUACUGGAAAUUAUGUCAUUUCACUCAGUGAAUUUGUGAGGUGGCUUGGGAAAUAUGCAGAAGAUUUAGGUGUGCAGAUCUAUCCUGGCUUCCCUGCUAGUGAACUAUUGUUGAGUCCUAAUGGACAUGUGGAAGGAAUUAUUACAAGGGAUUUUGGGAUUGGCAAAGAUGGAAAACCAAGAGAAGAUUUCCAGCCAGGGGUCGAAAUUAAGGCAAAGCAGAGCUUAUUUGCUGAAGGUUGUAGAGGAAGUUUGAGUGAAGAAAUCAUGAAGAAAUACGAUCUUAGGAACUUUAAUGAUGGAGAACGGCAAGUUUUGAGGCAGACUUAUGGCAUCGGAAUUAAAGAAGUAUGGAAGGUAAGCCCAGCCCAAUUCAAAGCAGGAUACGUCCAGCAUACAAUUGGGUGACCAACAGACUCAUUUACAACGGCUGGAGGAUUCUUAUACCACCAGCUUCCUGAUUUAGUCCACGUUGGGUUGGUUAUUGCAUUAGAUUACCACAACCCCCAUAUUGUCCCAUUUAAAGAGCUGCAAAGAUAUAAGACUCACCCAGAUAUAAGAAAACAUAUAGAAGGAGGAGAGUGCUUGUCAUAUGGCGCCAGAGCUCUGAACGAGGGUGGAUUUUACUCUGUUCCGAAGCUUACAUUCCCUGGAGGGAUGCUUUUGGGCUGUGCUGCUGGAUUUAUGAACACUGCCAAAAUCAAAGGGUCACAUACUGCAAUGAAAUCAGGAAUUCUGGCUGCUGAAACAGUCCAUGAAGCCCUCGAAAAAGGUGAAGCUGAAGGAAAAGAACUAUUUAAAUAUUACCACAAAUACAGAAAUUCGUGGAUCUGGAAAGAACUUUAUGAGGUGAGAAACACAAGAGAAGGGUUUGCGCACAAUAUUUGGUGGGGUUCAGCACAAGCUUGGCUCAGCUACAACUUAUUCGGAGGUAACAAAGUUGGCCUAACCGACAAAAAGAACUAUCCGAAUGACGCUGCCACUACCCAGUUUGCAAGAGAUUUUGAGCCAAUUAAUUAUCCAAAGCCAGACGGCAAGCUUACCUUUGACUUAUUAACCCAGGUCUCCAAAACCAACACAAACCACCACGAAAAUCAGCCAUGCCACCUAACAAUUAAGCCAGGAAUGGAAGGCAAGCCAGACUUAUCCCUCAAAUACUACGCAGGUAUCGAACAGAAUUUCUGCCCUGCAGGCGUUUAUGAGUAUAUCGACAACAAGCUUCACAUAAAUUCCCAGAACUGCAUCCACUGCAAGACCUGUGACAUCAAAGCUGUAGGAGAAUUCAUCAAAUGGACAGUGCCAGAAGGCAACGGAGGACCUUUUUAGUAAUUUCUAUAUAGCACCAAUAUGUAA